AUGGCGAGCCAACCCAAUGUCGACCUCUCACGCAGUCAAGCGGGAGGGAGCGGGCCUGCCUCGUCGGCGUCUAGCCGCUCCGAGGGCGCCAGUACGUAUAAGUCCCUCAUGCCCAACGCUUGUGCAUCGGGCACCGCUCAUGUCUGAAGAUGCUGACUCUCCCUCAGCCAGCAAACCCUCCACCCCGGUCGACUCCAUCGACUUUCGAUUCCUCAACUUCUCCCACCCCAAGGACGCCAAGAAUGCAACAACCCGCAGGAACGUCCGCAGCCAUGUCACCGGCGUGCAGCACGCGAGGCAGCGCCAGGCGGCUGCUGAGCAAGCAAAGAGAACACAGUCCUCGUCGUCGGGGGUGCCUCCCACGCCUAUACUUGCAGGACCUUCUCCUUCAUACUCAGCAUCAUAUGCCGGAUCACCAGCGCUAUCGGAGAACGACACCAGCAGCCCAGAAGAACCUUCAGGCGCCUCUCCGGCAACCUCCUCGGUUUCACCACCAGCGUCUCCCUUGCCCAGACUUAACCCUCUAGAAGUCUACCCAGAAGAAUGGCACCCGUACCUCCGUCCCGUAAUCGUAAGUCUAGUGUGAGGUCGUUUCACGAAACGCCAAGACACUCUCGCUGACCCCUGUCGCAGGACCACUAUCUGGAGAACAUGUCUAUAGACCUCCCCGAGACUGAUCGAGCUUCGAGAGAACUCCUCCGCACGUCUUUCAUGGACGUUGUUUUGUCGGACCGGGCAUCCGUCCACGCUCUGUUGCUGGUGGCCGGCGCUCAUUGGAACAAAGUGCGUCCGCAGCAACAGCAUCGAAUCAACUUGCUGCAACUACGUGGCAUGGCCAUUCAGGAGAUCAAUCAGGCUCUCGGCGAUCACCGCAACGGCGGUCGCGCAACCAGCGAUCAGCUCCUCGCGGCUGUUGGAAAGAUGGCUACCUACGAGCUCUUGUUCGGUCAACGGGAGACCUUCCACACGCACAUGACGGGCCUGCAGCGCAUGGUCAGCCUUCGCGGCGGACUACAAGCACUCGGUCUGCACGGUCUCCUGGAGCGCAUUCUGCUCUGGAUCGACUCCAACGCCAUGGUCAUCACCAAAACAUCCUCCCUCUACUUUCCUCCGGCCGCUUUCUCGUCAACAUCGGGACACCCGCAACCGAACCAGCGGCUUUUUCUCCUUGGCCUGCAAGCCGGCUCUCGUAAUAACUAG